CCGCCUCGUCAUCUCAUUUCCAGAGAGUGCUAGGGUUUUCUCUCUCUCCCGGCGGCGAGGGCGAUGUCGAUGGCGGCGGCGGCGAGGGCGGCGACGAGGGCCCCGGGCAGGGCGGCGGCGCGGUUCGUGCAGACCAGGCUCCGCUCCUCCGGCAAGGUGCUCAGCGAGGAGGAGAGGGCCGCCGAGAACGUCUACAUCAAGAAAAUGGAACAAGAGAAGCGGGAGAAGCUCGCACGCAAGGGUCCCAGCGCAGGAGAGCAAGCUCCGUCCACCCCAAGCGCCGCAGCAGCCGAUGUGAGUUCGACCGCGUCGGCAUCCGCAGCAGGCACGUCGACCGACAAGAACAGGAACUACGCCGUGCUGGCUGGCACCCUCGCCGGCCUGAGCGCCCUGGGCUGGUACCUCCUGUCCAAGCCCAAGAAGACGGAGGAGGUCGUCGACUGAUCGGCCGGUCUCCGUCCCGCCCUGGUUUUUACUUCCUUACUGCACAUGGACCUGCCUGUGGUUGGUGUGGUAUGAUGAUGAUGAUGAUAAUAAGUUUCCGACGUCGCCGAACAGCCUUGCCUUUGCCUUGUUAGCUGCCUGCUUCGACAGAAUCUGAGACUUGAGAUGGUGAUGGUCUGUAGCGCAAGUUGUUUUGCUACCUGUGGUUGGUGUGGUAUGGUGGUGGUUAACGAGAGAGGCGUCUUGGAUGAUGCGGUUUGGUCCUUUUCAAAGUAUGCAAUGCAUGGUUUUUUCCGGUGAA